GUCACUGCUCAUAUCACUGAAAUACAACUAUGUUGUCGGUAUGCAUAGUGUUGCUGUAAUGUAGGAAGUAAUGUAUAAUUAUACAUAAACAAUCAAACUGAUGCUGUUUAUGAUCACGCUGUUUAUUAAGGGCCAAGAAUCACAUCUGAAAAACAAAAAAGAAUGAUCAGGAAGUGUUGAUAGAAGCUCGGGAUCCCAUGGUGGCUUGAUGGUGACUUUAAAUCACAUGAGCAUGAAGGAGUAUGAGGAGACUGGUGCUCCACUGCUGGGUGAAGCAAACAGCACAGAAAACCCGAGCAUCAAAAACAGAAGGGAGUCCAGAGAAUUCUUCCUUGCACAGUGGAAAAAUCUUGGCCUGAGUCUUGUUCUGCUCCUGAGCUGUUAUUCAGCAAUCCUUGUCCCUGCUUAUUUCCCUACUAAACAACUGACCUGGACUGAAAGCUCCACAGAAGAAUAUAUGGCGAUACUGAAUGACUCGGCAGCUCUGCUGUCUCGGCCGUGUAUAAGCGGCCUGGCUAAGGCAAAGCUGCAGAAAGUGCUGAAUCUCCACAGCCUGCUUCAGAUUCCUGCAUUCCUCCAGAAUGGGACUGGACACUGGGAACAGGCACCUCCACUUGGUCUUCUAGGUAGUGAGGGUACGUUGGCACAAGUACUUACAGUUCUGCCUCUCUCUGGACUGCCCUCUGUUCCACACAGUUGCAGUAGAUGUAUGGUGGUUGGGAGUGGAGGAAUCUUACAUGGAAAACAUCUUGGAGUCCAUAUUGAUAAAUAUGAUGUCAUUAUAAGAAUGAACGAUGCACCAGUGUUUGGAUUUGAGGAAGACGUAGGCUCAAGAACCACAAUUCGACUGAUAUAUCCUGAAGCAGCAUCUUUCUUGGCACAAGAAUAUCAGAACACAGACAUAGUAGCUUUAGUUGCAUUCAAGAAACUGGAUUUAGAGUGGUUGACCUCUAUUGUAACGAAAAAACCUUUGAGCUGGUGGUCUAAACUGUGGUUCUGGAGAGAAGUUGCAAAUGAUAUUCCACUUCAGCCAAGAAACUUCCGCAUCUUAAAUCCUGAAAUACUCAGCCGAACAUGGCAUGUGCUGCAAACCUAUGGAAAACAUGAACGCAAGACGGUGCCUACAUUAGGCUUCACUGGUGUGGUGUUAGCAUUACAGCUGUGUGAUGAAGUUAGCCUGGCAGGUUUUGGCUAUGACUUCACACAUCCUGGAUCAAUGCUCCAUUACUACGGGACUGCGCGCAUGAACCAAAUGAUGGCACAAAUAGUGCAUGAUGUGAGUGCAGAACAUAGUUUACUGCAUGACCUUGUCAAGUCUGGAGUUGUGUAUGAUGUUACAGGUGCAGUGUAAUUAACAGGCCUCAUAUAUUAAAUGAAUAUAAAUGCAUUUAUUAAUAAACUAUUCAAAGGA